CAGCAGAAGAAGCCUGGCUCCGCGCGCGCGCGCAAGGCCACGACGCCGCGCUCGCGGGCCAAGAAGCCGGCGGACGACAAGAAGGCGGCCACGCCCAGGCGUCGCGCCAGUCCGAGGAACCGCAAGGCGGCGCAGGACGCGGAGCAGAAGAAGAAGGACAAGGACAAGGACAAGGACGAGAAGGAGAAGGAGAAGGAGGCGACAGAGGCAGCUCCAACGGUUGCUGUUGCUUCUUCUCCUUCUCUUCCGACUGUUACGGAGGAGAAUGAAGGAGAAGGAGAAGAAGGUGUGAAGCAGGAGACGAAGGUGGAGAAGACGGAGAUGGGCAACCAACAGGAGGCUGCUACUGUGGCAGGUGAAGAGCUGCCGCCAGCUCAAGACACGCAGCUGAGGAGAACGUACCUCCAGAGAAUGUAUCGACAGUUGCAGAGUACGCACCCGAACCAGGACGACGCGAUGAUCCGGCAGAUCGCCACGAACGUGGAGAUGGAGGCGUGUCAGAAGUCGGCGACGCGGAGUCAAUACGUCGCUGCAAUGGACCACGAGAUCCACAAGCUCAUGCAGUUUGAGAUGGAACAGGCCAACGCGCCGGUCUACACGAACGACGCGGCUCAGAGCUACCAGAGCGAGCAGUCUGCUACUGUCCAAGGCCAGCAGCCGGCCGUGUCAUGCGAGAUGCAAAGUGGAUACUCGCAGAACCAGAUCUCGCAGUCUCACAGUUAUGAGUACGCGCAAGCGCUGGCGAAGGCGCAGGAGCAGGAGCAGGCCAACAACAGCACCAGGUCGUCGACAUUCUCCACGCCGCGGCAAUCGAUGAAUGGUGAUAUGUCGUUUCAAUCUCUGAUGGAUAACCAGACUCAAGGUGGAUAUGGACGCGACGGUAUGCAGCAGCAGCAGCAGAACACGCCGACGCGACUCAUGAGCAUGCAGAAUCUGCAGCAGAUGGGGAACCAGUACUACUCGACCUCUUCCAUGACGACCCCAACCAGUCAGAGCUACUCGGUUCAGAGCAACGUCAGCGAGAUGGCUGGACAAAGUGUCCCUCGGAACAUGAUGGAGGCGCACCAGCAGCAGCUUGGCAACUACCCAAUGCAGCAACAGCAGCAACAGAUGCACAACCCCGGAUCGGUGCGCCCCCCGUCGAGAGUGACGACGUUCCAGGAGUUUACGGCCCAAAUCCAGCAUUUGGACAAGUCGGUGCUAAUUGAGCUGCUGUGGAAUCAACGGAGUGCGUUGGCUCGGUGGCAGAAUCAUGCGAAGCAGCUCGAACUACAAGUUUCAGCUCAUCAAACGGCAGCUAGCAACAUGGGAAGCUCUGGGUUCCAGUCUCCCUACAACUCCCCUAUGGUCGGUGGAGCGGCUUUUGUUAGUCCAAAUAUCGCCGCAGAAGCCGAGAUGCAGCGCGCUCGAGAACGUAACAGUUCUCGCAUGCCGCAACUGCCGCGCCACCAGCAGCAACAAAUGCCGCAGUACGCGUCAUAUUCACAGCAGUCGACUCCAAGCAGCGCUACCUACUCGCAAGCUGAUGGAUCCUGGGGAGACAAUAAUCCACCACUGUACUGGCAACGAAUCCGACAAUUGAAGUCGGAGUACGAAGAGCAAUUGCGGACUGCACAGAGAGCCUUGGCUCAAAAUACUGUACCUCCCAACUCGAUGUACAGCGCGAAGGCCCAGUCAAUGAUGCAGAAUAUCACCAUGGUGCUGAACAUCCUGAACGAGCCGCCGACUAAUGUCCAGCCACGGAAACUUGAGGUGCUUAGUUCAAUUGAGCGCUUCAUGCAUCAGAGUGUGGCUCCUAUUGUGCGGAAA